CCCGACGUUCACCAUGAGGGCCAGUGGGUAGGAAGAGCCCCCGCGAGCUCUGUGCCGCGUUACAUGCUCCCCCAAGGCAGCAGCGGCAGGAAGCAGGCGGGCGCCUCUCCAGUGCUAAGGCCUCUUGUUCUCGGAGAGGAAAAUACUGGACGCUUCGUCACGUAACUCCCAUCUCUGGUCCCCGUGUCUGUGAAUGGCGAAGUCCCCGGAGAACUCUACCCUGGAGGAGAUUCUGGGGCAAUAUCAACGGAGUCUCCGGGAACGUGCAAAUAGAAGCAUUUACCAACUGAAAUGUGCCCUGAGAGAAGGCGAUGUCACUGUGGGAGAAGACGCACUGGAUCCUUCUCUCAGCACCAGUGUAGGAAACGAGGACACUGGGACUGCCUGGCAUGAGCUGCAGCACAGCCAUGCUGUUAAUCAACUCAAAGCUUUGUUGCGUCAACAAGAAACUAAGGAAAGUGAGGUAUCUCCAUCAAGGAGACGAAAAACGUCCCCUUUGAGGUCAUCAGAGGAAAGCAGUAUGCCUACUGUACACAAUCUGGUUCCUAUCAUCAAUGACCAGUCUCAAUACAUUCAUCAUUUAGAGGCAGAAGUCAAGUUCUGCAAGGAGGAACUCUCUGGAAUGAAAAAUAGGAUACAAGUAGUUGUGCUUGAAAAUGAAAGUCUCCAACGACAGCUGAAAUCUCAAAGACAAGAGGAGGCAAUGAGGGAACAAACGCUUCUGGAUGCAUCUGGAAACAUGCAGAAUUCUUGGAUUACAGUGGGUAACGAUUCUGGAGUGGAUGAAGCUGCCAAGAAACCAUUUUCCCAUGGCAAUGCAGAUAUUACCGAAGCUGCAUCUGCUGAUGAAGCUGAAAAAUGGAAGCUAGAACUGGAGACGCUAAAACUUACUUAUGAAGAAAAGAUUGAAAUCCUGGAAUCUCAAUUGAAGUUUUUGAGGAAAGACUUAGCUGAAUAUCGGAAAAAUUAUGAAGAUCUUAAACAGCAACUAAAACAUAAAGAAUCUCUUCUUGCUGCUAAUAUUUCUCACCGUGUUGGUGGUCUUUGUUUGAAAUGUGCUCAGCAUGAAGCUGUUCUUUCCCAAACCCACACUAACGCUCACAUGCAGACUGUUGAAAGACUGACGAAAGAGAGAGAUGACUUAAUGUCUGCACUAGUUUCCGUAAGGAGCAGCUUGACAUAUGCGCAGCAAAGGGAAGCAAGUGCAUAUGAGCAGGUGAAACAAGCUGUGCAGAUGACUGAGGAAGCCAAUUUUGAAAAAACCAAGGCUUUAAUCCAGUGUGAGCAGUUGAAGAGUGAACUGGAGAGGCAGACCGAACGACUUGAAAAAGAGCUUGCAUCUCAGCAAGAGAAAAGGGCCUCUGAGAAAGAGAUGAUGAAAAAUGAAAUAACAAAAGAAAGGGAGGAUAUUGCGUCAAAGAUGUUGACCCUGUCUCAGAAUAUUGCCCAAUUAGAGGCCCAGGUGGAAAAAGUUACAAGAGAGAAGAUUUCAGCUGUUAGUCAACUAGAGGAAAUUCAAAACCAGCUUGCUUCCCAGGAGAUGGAUGUCACAAAGGUGUGUGGGGAAAUGCGCUAUCAAUUGAAUAAAACCAAAAUGGAGAAGGAUGAGGCAGAAAAGGAGUACAGAGAGUACAAAACAAAAGCUAACAGGGACCUUGAAAUUAAAGAUCAGGAAAUAGAGAAAUUGAGAUUAGAACUGAGUGAAAGCAAGCAGCACUUGGAACAGGAGCAGCAGAAGGCAGCCCGGGCCAGAGAGGAGUGCCUGAGACUGACAGAGCUGCUGGGCGCGUCUGAGCACCAGCUGCACCUCACCAGACUGGAAAAAGAUAGCAUUCAGCAGAGCUUUAGCAACGAAGCAAAGGCCCAGGCCCUUCAGGCCCAGCAAAGAGAGCAGGAGCUGACACAGAAGAUGCAGCAAAUGGAGGCCCAGCAUGACAGAACUGAAAAUGAACAGUAUUCAUUGCUGACCUCCCAGAAUACAUUUUUGACAAAGUUAAAGGAAGAGUGCUGUACAUUAGCCAAGAAACUGGAAAAAAUCUCUCAAAAAAGCAGGAUUCUGGAAAAUCUUGGAAGGCAGGAGUGGAACAUAGGGCUGAAACCAAAAUUGGCAGUUCCACCUCUACUCCAAGCCACCAGAUCUGAAAUAGCUCAGCUCAGUCAAGAAAAAAGGUACGCUUGUGACCGACUGGAGAAGUUGCAGAGAAGAAAUGAUGAAUUGGAGGAACAGUGUGUCCAACAUGGGAGACUGCAUGAGAUAAUGAAGCAAAGGCUAAAGCAGCUGGACAAGCACAGCCAGGCCACAGCCCAGCAGCUGGCGCAGCUCCUCAGCAAGCAGAACCAGCUUCUGCUGGAGAGACAGAGCCUGGCGGAGGAGGCGGGACGUCUGAGCUCCCAGAGGACUCCUGGAAGAGCGCUGAGAACAGGCCCGAGAAACAAAGACACAGAGGCGGAGGAGGCCUCAGCCACGUGAGCCCCGGGAGGGCCCGAGGGGCCGGCGAGGAGGAGGAGCCCGCAGGUGGCCAGCCUGGGACUUGGAGGUGUUCACUGGGUUUGCGGUGGGCCAUCCCGAGCCGGGGCCUCGUCCGGCCGGCGCAGGCGCUUCCGCGGAGCCAGCUACCUGCAAGACAGAUGGUGCUGGAAGAGAACGGCAAAGACGCUGAAGAAAAUAAAUUAAAAAGCCUCCUCCUGAACCAAGAGUUUUUGGAAAGAAUUCUAAAUAGAUGAAAACAAACAAUUUGAUUUCAACCAAAUUGUUGUUUUUUUGUUUUUAUCCUGAUUUUCACCCGAAUUGUCAGUCUCAAAAAUAAACACUGAUACAUUCCCAGAAAAUAUUUUUCAAAUAAAAUCUGACUCUGUUAAAGUUUGCUCUGAUUCUUUCAAAACUGUGUACGAGACACUGUCAACCAAAGUGACUUGCAUAUUUUUUUAAAUAAACUUGAACAUAUGCAGCUAAAAUGUCAUUAACUCCCGGCUGCCCGAGUGUUUCAGGGAAGGCAGGCCCCGAGCCGCGCCUCCGCCUCCAGGGCCUCCCAGCGCAGAGGGGCUGCCCCGAGCCGUCGCGCAGAGGGCUUCACUUUCUUUUUUUUAAACUAAAGUCCCUGUGUGCAAUUAAUAUUGGAAAGCACCUACAGCUUCAUUUAAACCAAACUUGCUCUUCCGUUAACACGUCCCUUUGUCCAAGAGUGAAGAAUUUCAGAAUGAGAGUCGUGGAAGAAAGAUCCAUUGAAGUUUACAUCGUGGCAGAUACGUUCGCUCUGCUCCCGCUUCCCGAGUCAGACGUUACAUUUUCAAUAUAAAUUCACAAUCGAGAUUUUAAGGGGAGCUAAAUAUUUUAAUCCAAUUAGACAAGUGAACAAAACACUGAAUAUUGCAUGGCGUGUGGAUAAGUGGUUCUUGCCUUUAAAAGACUGCAGUUCCGUCACAUUACAACCCCAAAUGUCAAUGUUGUCUUUAUUUCUAACGCUUUCAAACAUGAGGCAGCCAGAGGCUCCACUCCCUGCUGUUGGUGACACUGUCUGUCCUUUGGGAAUUCUUAACAUCUAUUUACCAUGGAAACAUGGUUCACAUAAAACAGAGACACCUGCCCUUGUGCAGAGGAGGUUCUCGUGAUUCAGGGGACCCACUGGAGGAUUACAACUCGGGGUCCCAUGGGGAUGGGAGCUCUUGAGUCUGCUAGUGCUGUGGGGAGGCGAGGGCCCAGCAGAUGCCAGAGCCUGGGCGUGCUGUCCUCUGAGCCCGAGCCCUCCCAUCUGCACCGGGUCCCUUGCCUCCCCCGCCCCACAAGUCCCACAUCCAGCUUGAGAUGCAGUUUUCCAUGAAGCCCAGGGACGGUCAUCGCCCCCUGCUUUCUGCAAGGCAGGCUUCCCUGCCUCUACCUUGUCAUUUUUCUGGCUUCUACAGUUCUUUUCCUUUUUUGGAGCCCAGAGACAGAAAGCCAGGCCCCUUAGGCCAGGGAACCCGGGUUUUGAACUCUGACUGCAGCAGAGCUGCCAUUGUCAGAGGCCAGCCGGGCGCUGGAAGGGAAAAUGAACUGCUGGGUCUGCGGUGACCGUGCCGUGAACUCCUGCCCCGCUUUGCAGCUGGCAACAGCCAGAUUCCAAAAAAGGCCGUGCCGGAGCCGGAGGGGUAGAGGCGGCUCAGCCGCUUGUGCCGGGGGAGAGGGAGGCCUCUGCCCGUCCCAGGCGCUGAGGCCGGGUGGAGGACACCUGCCUUCUGUCUGCUGCACACUCACCUCUGUCGGCCACGUCCACAUGAGGCUGCAGAGGACUGGCCAGGGCGCCUGCCCCUGAGCAGACUGGCGACCCCGUGGCUCACUUGGCUUGUUUCCAGGUUGUCUUCCACAUCUGACUCCUGCUUAAUCCCACAACUGUCACACUUGGCCGCCGCAGUCUGUCACUGGGCUGGGUGGAACAGCACUGAAGAGCCUGGACACUGAGGGCCAACUGCCCCGGUUCAAACCUCAGCUCUGUACCACUUCAGGCUAAUGUUUUAGCUUCCAUAUCCCUGUUUCUGGUAUAAAACAAAAAACAUAACAAUAGAUCCGGCUUCCCUUUCAAAGGGAGCUCCCUGCAUCCCCCAGAGCCCAGCAGGGAUGGCCAUGAAGCCAGCAGGGUUUGCACUGAAGUCAUCACAGCCUUGAGGGCCGCUUGGAGAAAGCAUUUAACAUCGUUUUUGUACAGAUAGGAAAAUAAGGCCUAGAGAAAUGAAGCGACAAGAACUGGGAAGCGAAUGGGCAGGAAAGGAACUUCUAGAGAGAUCGGGACUCAUGCCCUGGGCUGAGGGCUGGUUGGAAGGGGGCGAGGGACCACGGGGAAGGAUGCUGCCUGGCUGGGAAAGCUGCAGAGCAGCGGCCCUGGCUCCCAGAGGGGGGCGUGGCGGAGCCUCUGAGAGGGCUCUUCUGGUGGCUGUCCUGGAGCUCUGUCAGCUGAGGGCAAGCUUUGAAAUGCCCCAGGUGGAGGUGGGGGGAGGGAUUCUGCCCUCUCUGGAUAAAAAUAGAUGCUUUCUUGCCAGAGGCACAAGGAACAGGACCAUUUUUUGACCUGGCCACACGGAGGCAGAAGAUGUGCAAAUGACAAGGCAGAGAGCAAGGAGAGGGUUCCACUUGGAGGGGCUGUGGGGGAGAUGUGCAGAGAAGAGAGACCAAUGGAAGCCUGGCUCAGGCUGCAGCUGCCCAUCUCCUGUGAGCGGGCCGAGGUGGUGCCCUGCUGUCCCCGGGCUGCGCAGGCUUGGGAACAAAGCAGCAGCCAUGGCUGGACCCCACAGUGUUGGUUGCCUGGGGAACAAUUCACGUCCCCCAGAGAGACUCGUUUUUUAACCUCUGAAUUUAAAGUCAAACUUCAGAAAUAAAUUAGACACAAAAGUCAGGGUUUGUGGAGAGAAGGCUCUGUUAGGAUUUAAAAUGAGAACAAAGAAAAUGGAUGAGCAACAGUGAGCUUGAAGAUGGGGAGCAUUUCUAUCAUCUGUGGAUGGUGUGUCAGAAGCGCAGCCGCCAGGGCGGCCCGUCGGUCCUCCUCCACUCUGGAGAGCAGCCCCGGAGAGCUGAUGUGGCCACACCACAGAGAAGGGCCACAGCAAGGGGCCUGGGCGACAAGUGGAAGGGCAGAAGGACAAGAACAUGGUGGCUGAGGGCUCAAGCCACAGUUCCAGCCAGCUGACGUCCCACUGGCAGGCGCAUCCUCGUCUCUCCUCCACAGCCGGAGUGGGAUCACUGUGGUGUGAACGAUGGAACUGACUUUCUGGAAAUAAGCCUGGCUAAUAUGCCUAAGAAGUGAUGGCAGACCAGCCAGAUUUGGGCAGUAACUAAAGCUUCUCUCUCUGGACGCGCUAUAGGAUGGGGGAAGCCCUGAGCAGUGUUCUUUACUAAAGGGUCAGUGAACUGACGGCUGUGUUUAGCAGACAAAACAAUGACCUAUUAGGGUAAAUAACUCCUUCAGUCAGAGGUUUCCUGAACACCUCCCACAGGGCGCGCAGCCGUGGGCACUGGGGAGCGAGCAGUGAACAGCAAGUACUAGAAUACGAAAGUGAGGUCAAAUACAGGGCUUUGCACCAAAACCAAAUAAAAUAUAAAACCGAUGAAGAGACAGUGAUAGCCAGUUUGCUACAGAGGGAGAAACCAGGGUUGACUCUGGUUUGUUCACAUGGAGGGCCUCACAGCUGUGUCGCUCCUGACUGGGCCCCGGAGCUGGGGUCACUGGUUUAUGGCUCGGAUGAUAAAUUAUGAGAUGGCCCCAGAGCCCUCAGGCACCACCAAGGCUCAUAAUGAGAAAUGCCAGUUUCCUGGAGCUUGGGUUUAAAAAAAUCCUGCAACGUAUUUUCCUUCAACUCGGGUCUUUCCCAACGUUCUGUAUGGUGCAUCUGCCUGUUAUCGUGUGUUUUCUACCUGAAGUUCAGUUAAAUUUUUCUUUGGCAAUAUGCCUCUUGUGGUUUAUGCUUAUCCUUGUAGUCAGACAUCCUUGAAUCUCUAAAGUCAGAAAAUAAGCCACUGCCUCCAGAGCACCCAGGUCACCAGGCCGCCCGCCAGGUCACCUGCGAGAGUGUGGGGCACAGGGUCCUUCAUGGAACUGUACUGGGACAGUUCAGUCAAGACUGGAAGGCAAUCAGCUCUCGAUGGAGAUGCAGUGUUUGAUGGUCAGAUGGAGCUGGUGGCGGCCUCUGUGCUUGAGUAUUUCCCUAAACACAGAAGGGAGCCCUUUCUACAGCAGGGGGCCUCUGGGCCAUGGGGGACUCCCUGCGGCCCAUCCAGGAAGGGCCCAGAGAACAGAAGCCCCCUGUGGGCUCUAAGGAAGAGGGCCCACCCACACCCAGCCCUCAGCGGGCUGCACACAUCACACCACACGUGAUGUGGGCCCAGAUGUGUUCAGUGGGAGAUGGCGCUGUGCGCACCAUAUUCUAACUGCCCUGUGUCAAAACCAUUCCAUUUAGACAGUCAUUCAAGCGUCAUAAUCAGGGUCACACACACUAGAUAUCUACUCGAAACGUAAACAACCUUUUCUCAUUGUUUUAAAAAGGCAGCAGUCUGAUUUUUAUGUACCUUGCAUGAAUUCUGAUCCCAGUUUCACUCAGUGUCCCGUCCUGGAAAUCCUCAACUAGUGAUCACAGCUUACACGAGGUCAACAGGAGCCCCGCUGAUUCUAGCUCAGGACAUCGGCCUUGUGGGUGCAGAGGCCCCCUUGUUCUUGAAGAUGAUUCCAGCCAAACAGAGAGCAGAUUGGGCCUGUGACCCUGCGUGGCUUUCCAGUUUCUCUGUUGAAGUAGAAACUGGGAUUUGCAAGGUAUCGUCUUAGCUCUCCAUCUAGUCCCUAUCGUGGGAGGGACUUCACACAAGGGAGGGCAAGGCCUGUGGCUCACUCAUACUUCCCACAUGGUGCACAGUAGGUACUCAACCGUCGUUGUGUGGAGCACGGCCAUUCCCAGCAGUUUCUGACCCCACUUCCUGACGCGGUUUCAACACGAGCAGCACGCCAGCAGGGAGGCGGCGGCAGCACCACUUCCCUGCUUGUGGCGCCCCCAACCCAGUUUGCUAGUUUGGAAACAUUUAUUCCUGCUUAAAACUAAGAGACCCAGUACACCAAAUGCCCUCUUCCAGCAGGGGAGCGGUGGUGUCCCUGGGAAACCCUUUUCGAUGUUAUAAUAAAUUGUAGCUAAAAAUUGGGAGGCUUUGGCUCGCACUGUGUCCCCAGGAGCUCGAGGGCCGCCUGGCCUGCCGCCUGCCCCCCGCCCUUGCUCUAGCCUCUCUCCUGCCGGCUGAGCAGUUCUCAGGAAACAGGCUCGGGCAGGAAUCGUGUUUCCUCUGCGGGACGGGAAGAGAGGGCCCUCCGGCUGAGUCCUGUCGUCAGACUCCCUCAUUUAAGGGGCACACAAAUGUCUGGGACACAGGUUGCUUCCAGAUUAAAGCAUUGAAACAAACUAGUUCACCCUGUAGUCCUAUUUGACAGGGGUUUUGACCUGUGAUCAAGAUGAGACACAAACUUUUCAUACAAUUGGUCAUAUACAAUUUCUACAUUUUUAGCAAAAGAAAUUUAUUCUCCAAAAACUUAAAAGUGGUAACUAAACCAGUGAGAAGACAAACCACAUUGAAGAACAGGAUCUAUUUAAACUUACUUUUUAUUAUCAUUUUUUCCAGUUACCCAGCAUGCCACAGUCUGAUUGCUGACCUGAUGAAACAGAGUGGAAUAAAGGAUUUACAAAGAGAUACUGACAUUCAUCUGGUUUGUAUGUGAGACGCCACCACGCGCUGCGACCUCCCUGGUGGACACCCCCCAGAAGGUGGUGGCCGCGUGGGGGCCACAUUGGUUGCCGAGCGGUCCCUACACGACGGACGGCUGGAGCUGAAGUCUGACAGAUGAGGGGCCCUCCUGGUGUGUGUUUUCAGAAAUGGCUUGAGGGUAUUAUGUUUUUAAAUCUGCUCAUUUGUAUGCUAUGUUACACAUAUGAAUUUCAAUAAAUGAACUUUUCAAAGA